AUCGCCAAGGAGAGCGACUGUGAGUGGCACGGCUGGGCACCGCGCGCGAGCGGCCGCGUGCGGGUGUUUGACCUGAUGACGUUCAUGAACGAGCUGGAGGUGGUGGAGGCGAGAUUCCACGAGCUGUACGAGAUGGUGGAAGCUUUCGUAAGUCGAAGGAGACUCGGCAUGACCCACCAAGGGUCUCGAAGAAACUCGACCUUCGCCUCGUGCCGUUCGACGCCGGGCUGCCACGCCCGGUUCGGCCCUUUCCUCGACAAGGUCCACUACACGUUCGUUGGCUCCUUGCCUUCCUGCGGGCUGGGGGAAGCGUGGUCCUGCGAGAACGCGCACCGCGAGCUGUUGACAGAAGCUUUCGUGGCGGCUGGUGGCACCGACGAGGAUGUGGCCAUCGUUGGAGAUGCAGACGAAUUCCCGCGCGCGUCAACAUCUUGGGCUCUCGCUCAUUGCGAGGUGCCAGAAAGGAUGAACAUAGAGACAGACUUUUAUUAUCCUGAUACUGUACAUUUUACUGCUUAUGGCUACCCUUAUCGUUUCUAUUUAUUUCGGCUACUACUACUACGACUACGGCUACUACUACUAUUACCACGGCCUCUACGACUACUACUACUAAUCGUCUUCUCACGCCAUUGGCUUCUUCUCUGA